CAGCUGCGGCCCCGUGAGGCGGCGGCGGCACCGCGGGCCCGACCCGGCCCGGCCGCUCCGAGCGGCGCUUCCCGGCACCUGCGGCGAGCACCGCGCCCUGCUAGGGCUGCCCUGCCCGCCACCUGCGGUCUAGGAAGGAAACCUGAUAUAUCCUGAAAAUGUUUAACAAAUCCUUUGGAACUCCAUUCGGAGGCAGCACCGGCUUUGGCACAACUUCAACGUUUGGGCAAAAUGCCGGCUUUGGUACGAGCAGCGGAGGAGCCUUCGGGACGUCGGCCUUCGGCUCCAACAACACCACGGGCAGCCUCUUUGGGAGCACACAGACAAAGCCAGGAGGAUUGUUUGGCUCAACCACAUUCAACCAGCCAGCCACCUCCUCCACCAGCACUGGCUUCGGGUUUGGAACGUCCACUGGAACGUCAAACAGCCUCUUUGGAACCACCAGCACUGGUGGAAGCCUCUUCUCAUCCCAGAAUAAUGCCUUUGCACAGAACAAACCAGCUGGUUUUGGAAACUUUGGUACGAGCACCAGCAGUGGAGGGCUCUUUGGGACCACCAACACCACUUCCAACCCCUUUGGGAGCACAUCUGGCUCUCUCUUUGGCCCAACCAGCUUUACUGCUGCUCCAACUGGCACCACUAUUAAAUUUAAUCCCCCGACCGGCACCGACACCAUGGUGAAAUCCGGCGUCAGCACCAACAUCAACACCAAGCACCAGUGCAUCACUGCCAUGAAGGAGUACGAGAGCAAGUCCCUCGAGGAACUCCGUUUGGAAGACUACCAGGCAAAUAGGAAAGGGCCCACGAAUCCUGUCGGAGCAGGAGCAACUGCUGGCUUGUUUGGCUCUUCCACUGCCACCUCCAGCACAGCCACAGGACUUUUUGGCUCUUCCACUACCAAUACAGGCUUUUCCUAUGGACAGAAUAAAACUGCUUUUGGAACCAGUACGACCGGCUUUGGCACCGGCACCACCGGGGGGCUCUUUGGGCAGCAGUCACAGACCACGAGUCUGUUCAACAAACCCUUCGGCCAGGCCACCACCACGCAGAACACCGGCUUCUCCUUCGGGGGCACCAGCACCCUGGGCCAGCCCAACACCAACACCAUGGGUCUCUUUGGGGUCACCCAGCCCUCACAGCCUGGAGGCCUUUUUGGGACAGCUGCCAAUACAAAUGCUGGGACUGGAUUUGGAACGGGAACUGGCCUUUUUGGACAAGCCAACACAGGAUUUGGGGUUGGUGGUUCGACCCUGUUUGGGAACAAGCCUGCUGGAUUUGGAACCACCACGACCAGCGCUCCCUCGUUCGGUACCACCACAGGCGGGGGCCUCUUUGGUUUUGGUGCCAACACUGCUGGAAACAGCUUGUUUGGAAAUAAGCCUGCAACUGGGACUCUGGGCACUGGACUUGGAACAGGCUUUGGAACAGCUCUGGGGGCAGGACAGACGUCCCUGUUUGGAAACACCCAGCCAAAGCUGGGGGGAACGCUGGGAACGGGAGCAUUUGGAGCCCCAGGAUUCAACACAUCCACGGCUACCCUGGGCUUUGGGGCCCCUCAGCCUGCUGUAGCUCUGACAGACCCCAACGCCUCUGCAGCCCAGCAAGCUGUCCUCCAGCAGCACCUCAACAGCCUGGCCUACUCACCCUUUGGAGACUCCCCCCUCUUCAGAAACCCCAUGUCAGACCCCAAGAAGAAGGAAGAGAGGCUGAAGCCAACCAACCCAGCAGCCCAGAAGGCCUUGACAACCCCCACCCACUACAAGCUGACCCCACGCCCUGCCACCAGAGUGCGGCCCAAGGCCCUGCAGUCAGCGGGCUCGGCCAAGUCCCAGCUCUUUGAUGGGCUGGAUGAUGAUGAACCCUCCCUGGCCAAUGGAGCCUUCAUGCCAAAGAAGAGCAUCAAGAAGCUGGUUCUGAAGAACCUCAGCAGCAGCAACCUGUUCUCUCCCGUGAGCCGGGAGAACGAGGACCUGGCGUCGCCGUCGGAGUACCCGGAGAACGGGGACAGGUUCUUCCUGUCGGUGCCUCCCGAGGAGAACCACAGGCAGGACGGGGAGCGGGAGGAGGAGGAGGAGGCCCACGAGGUGACCAGGUUUUACACCAAUCCCAUUGCCAAGCCCAUUCCCCAGAGCCUGGAGGGCAGCGGGCACAAGCCCCCCGCGGGCGUGGACGACACCAUCGUGGCGCUCAACAUGCGCAACGGGCUGGAGGGCAGCAGCGAGGACGCCUCCUUCCAGGAGGAUUCCCUGCAGGAUGAGAGGGAUGAGGAGGCUGAGGCCGUGCACCAGCUGCAUCCUGCAGGGAUUGUUCUGACACGAGCUGGUUACUACACCAUCCCGUCCCUGGAGGAGCUGGCCCGGCUGACCAACGACAGGAACGAAUGUAUCGUGACAGACUUCACCAUCGGCCGCAAGGGUUAUGGAUCAAUAUACUUCGAAGGAGAAGUAAAUCUAACAAACUUAAACCUGGAUGAGAUUGUACAUAUCCGGAGAAAAGAAGUUAUUGUUUACCCUGAUGAUGAAAGAAAGCCUCCCAUUGGGGAACGGUUAAAUAGGCGGGCAGAGGUGACACUGGACGGGGUGUGGCCCACGGACAAGACGUCGCGCUGCCUGAUCAAGAGCCCCGAGCGCCUGGCGGAGAUGGGCUACGAGGGCCGGCUGGAGGCCGUGUCCCGCAGGCAGGGCGCCCGCUUCAAGGAGUACCGCCCUGAGACCGGCUCCUGGGUCUUCAAGGUAGCACACUUUUCCAAGUAUGGCUUGCAAGAUUCAGAUGAGGACGAGGAAGAUCAUCCUUCAAAAGUGGACACCAAGAAGUUAAAGACCACACCUGUGCCACCCCCAGGGCAGCUGCUGCCCCAGCAGAUGGCCCUGAACGGCAAACCAGCGCCCCUGGCUCAGCCCCCGGAGCUGGAGCAGCUGGGCAGGGUGGUGGAGCUGGACAGUGACAUGGCAGACAUCACCCAGGAGCCAGCCCACGAGCCCUUGGCAGAGGACGCCCUGGAGGAGCAGGAGGCGGUGCCGGCGUCCACGCACAUCGCAUCCACGCAGGGCAUCAACCCCUACGUGCUGCAGAUCAUGAAAGCUUCCUUGCUUGCUGAUGAUGACGACCUGGAUUUGAUCCUGGAUUAUCCUGGGAAGCAACCUGUCAAGAUGGACACUUCCCAAGAGAUCUGCUCCCCCAGGCUUCCCAUUUCAAAAUCACAGGGACAGAAAAGACACACAGUUGCCGGGCUGCUGCAGUCCAAGUUUGCCAGCGUCCUUUCGCAAGCAGCGGGUGCUGCUGUGGCAGAUGCCAAGGGCCCGAGGACUUUGGGCAGUCCCCCCUGUGCUGCCCCGUGGGCGGCAGUGUCCCCGCUGGCCUCGGCGUUCUCGGUGCCCGCGCCGGUGCCCGAGGUGCAGGUGAAGACGGUCGGGGCUCGCCGGCAGCGCGGGCUCGUCCCCCUGGAGAGAUCCAUCACCUAUGGGAAAGGGAAGCUCCUGAUGGACAUGGGACUGUUCAUGGGCCGCUCGUUCCGUGUCGGCUGGGGGCCCAACUGGACUCUGGUCAACUGUGGAGAUCAGCUGAGUGGCUCGAGUGAAGCGGAGGAUCCUCAGCUGGAGCCCGUGGAAUACGGAUUCCUGCCGACUCCCGUUGCUCCCAAAUCACUCACAGAAUCCCCUUUCAAAGUUCAUGUGGAAAAGCUGAGCUUGGAACAGUGGAAGAUGGACAGAGACAAGGAGCUGUAUCUCACUCCUCUGGAGAUCAAGCUGAAGCACAGCACUGUCCAUAUGGAUGAGCCCUGUCCUCUCCUGGCCCCCAACCCCGGAGUCUCAGCUAUCCAUGACUAUGCUGACUGGGCCAGGAAAGCAUCUGAGGAUCCUGCUGUGGCAGAGACUGUUGUGAAGCACUGGUGCUUGGCCUGGACGUUGUGUGAGGCCAUUUGGGGCAACCUGAAGGAGCUGGAGGCCAGGCUGGAGGAGCCCAGUGAGUACGUGCUGGCGCUGGAGCGCCGCAGGGCGUUCUCACGGUGGCUGUCGGAGACGGCGGCCGGGCGCAUCGAGGAGGAGGUGUCCCUGUCCCGGCACGGCAGCCACGUCGAGGCCGUGUUCAGCUGCCUCACGGGGAAGAGGAUCGGCGAGGCCUGCAGGCUGGCACAGCAGGCAGGUGACCAUCGUCUGGCACUGCUGCUGGCACAGCUGGCCGGGAGCCAGCCCGUGCGGGACCUGCUGACCCUGCAGCUGGUGGACUGGCACCGCCUGCACAGCGACCGCUUCAUCCAGGAGGAGCGGCUGCGCCUGUUCGCGCUGCUGGCAGGGAAACCGGUAAGGACGGGCUGGGGGCUGUUUUUCAUGCUGGUCCACAGUUCUGGGGAGAACACCUCAGAAUAUGAAAAAUACGCCUGCUGUCCUCUGCCUCCUUACCUGGAAGAUUCGGGGUGUGUCAUUGAAGAGGAUGACAAUGGAGGAAGGCCCCUGAGAGAUGUCUGCUUCCAUUUGUUAAAGCUCUACAGUGACAGGUCCUAUGAGCUUGACCAGCUGCUGGAUCCCAGGAGUGUCACCUCUGACCCGCUGGAUUUCCGCCUCAGCUGGCACCUGUGGGAGGUGCUGCGGGCGCUGAACUACUGCCACCUGUCCCAGCAGAGCUGGGGGGUGCUGAACAGCAGCUAUGCUGCCCAGCUGGAGAGCGAGGGGCUGUGGGAAUGGGCUGUGUUCGUCAUGCUGCACGAGCCUGACACGCCCACCCGGGAGAAGGCCGUGCGGGAGCUGCUGAGCCGGCACUGCGCCCUCGCCGACACCCCCGAGUCCUGGGCCAAGGAAUCCUUCCUGACACAGCGGCUCUGCCUGCCCCCGCGCUGGAUUCACGAGGCCAAGGCGGUCCGGGCCAGGAUGGAGGGUGACAGGCACAAAGAGGCCCUUUUCCUGUUCAAGGCUGGCCACUGGAACCAGUGCCACAGGCUGGUCGUCAGGCACUUGGCCUCAGAUGCAAUUAUCAACGAGAACUACAAGUACCUGAAGGGAUUCCUGGAAGACCUGGCGCCUCCGGAGCGCAGCGCGCUCAUCCAGGACUGGGAGCUGGCAGGGCUGGUGUACCUGGACUACAUCCGUGUCAACGAGAUGCUGGACAGGAUUCAGCAGCUGGAUGUGUCCACCUAUGAGCUGGAGAGGUUACACACCAAAGUGACGUCCCUGUGCAACAGGAUAGAGCAGCUGCAGUGCCACAACGCCAGGGACCGCCUGGCUCAGUCAGACAUGGCGAAGCGCGUGGCCAACGUGCUGCGGGCGGUGCUGAGCCUGCAGCAGGGCCCCGAGCCGGGCCCCGAGCCGGCCGAGCCGCGCGUGCCCCUGCGCCUGCUGGCCCCGCACAUCGGCCGCCUGCCCAUGCCCGAGGACUACGCGCUGGAGGAGCUGCGCGGCCUCACCCAGGCCUACCUGCGCGAGCUGGCCCUGGCCGCGCACUGAGCGCCUGCCGCCAGGAGGAGCAGCAAAAGGUUUUUAUCAGAAAAUAUAAAUAAAUGCUCUAGAUUA